UGGGUGGGUUAGGGCGCGUCGAUUGGGCGGCGAGGAGAGGCGGGGCGAGAGAGGGCUGUCACGUGAUCAAGAUGGACCCGGUGCUUUACGUCGUGGCAGCGGCUGUGUUGGCGGCGCUUCUGCUGUUCCUCACCCGCCUCCGGGGCCAGGCGCGCGCGGCUGAUGAGGAGCACCAGCAGAAUGUGGCGACGGCUGCAGCAGCCAGGCCUCAGCCCCACACCAGUGAGCGGGGAGAGGGGAUGCCCAGGCGUCGGCGGAACAUGGCCCGAGUUGUGGCUCAGAGGCGCUCGCAGCAGGCACAAGAAGCGAUGGAAGAGGAGAAUGAUGGAGCCGAAGCCACUGAGAUCCAAUUUUCUGGGAAGAUUGGAGCAAAAAAGCAGAGGAAGUUAGAGGAGAAACAAGCCAGAAAGGCUCAGCGAGAGGCUGAAGAAGCAGAACGUGAGGAACGAAAGAAGCUCGAGCAGAAGCGAGAGGAGGAGCGGCAGAAGGAAGAGGAGCGGCUGCGCCAAGAGGAGGAGAGGCAGGAAGAAGAAAAGAAGAAAGCGAAGGAAGAGGAGGAGCAACGCAGUCAUGAAGAGUAUCUUAAACUAAAGGAGAGCUUUGUGGUGGAAGAAGAAGGAGUGGAUGAAGCCAUGACGGAGGAAGAGUCCCACAGCUUCCUAACUGAACUUCUCAACUACAUUAAGAAUGCCAAAGUGGUUCUUUUGGAAGACCUGGCUUCCUAUCUGGGCAUCAGGACGCAGGAUGCAAUUAAUAGAGUACAAGACCUGAUGGCAGAUGGGACGCUAACAGACUCCUUUUCCCCAUGCAGGAACCUAAUCCCCCGAUUCCCAUUGCCCCAAUGCCUCGUUAUCCGUGGUUUCAUUACCUUUGGAAAUCUACAGGAAUGGAACCCCUGCAGAUAACAGGGUACACCUGUAAUUCAUUCAUGGAAUUUGCUGUCACAAGAUGCAGUGCUCAUCAACUUUGAGGCCUUUAAAUGGCGAUCAGACAAAGCAUAGAGAAGAAGUCUUAUCAGUGAUUCUUAUGCAAUGGCUAAGUAGAGCCUCCAUGUUCAGAGGCAAUAUGCCACUGAAUAUCAGCUGCUGAGAAGAAGCAAGGGUGAGGAGGGUGAUUGCCUUCAUGCCCUGCUUGUGGACUUCCUGGAGUAAUUUGAUUGGCCACUAAGGAAGCAGGAUGUUGACUUUGGUCUACUGGACCUUUCCUGUGUUGAGUUCUAAUAGAGUGAUGCAGGCAAAUUUGCCAAGAAUAAGAGCCAAUUAAUUGGUGGGAUUUAUAAUCUCAUUUAGUACCCUAUUGGUACCAAUUAACCAAUUAAAGUCUGCAGUCCUGAUAUUUAUACAUUGUAACCCUUUGCAAACCUUGGGGACAGGCUGAUUAGAAGUUCUAAUGAGGUAAUUAAAUUAUUUAGUGUCAGACUUUGGA